UGGGAAACCUGGCGAAAAGCAGGAAGUGCUGAAUCUACACUGACAGCGGUGCGGAUCUGUGUUUAUCUCUGUAUCAAUGACACUCUGGUGCAUAAACAUAAUCACAGGUAGCUUAUCCGUCUUAACAGAACAGAUAUUCACCACGCAACCCUUCUUCGGAGGAACAUAUGAUAGAGGUUUGAGAGACCUUUGGAGAAAAUGAGUCGAAGCCAGAACCCUGCGCAGAAGGGCCAGGGGACCGCCAGGGCCAGACAGAUGGGAUUGCUGUUGGACUUGUCUCCUGACGAUGGGCUGGAUGACUCUGGAGGAAAUGAUGAGGAGCUGGAGGCGGAGCUUCUGGCAUUGAUGGGAGGAGGAGGGAGGGCUGGACCAGCGGCCAAGAAACCUGGAGGAAAAGCUCCAGUGCCCUUGGGGGACAUUGAGCGCAUUGCAGCCCAUUGUAUGAAAGACCUGGACGAGGACGGAGACGAUGAUGGUGAUUUAGAGAACGAUGCUGAUCUCUUGGCUGAGCUGAAUGAGGUACUGGAAGACGAUGAGGAGCAAGUGAUCAGGAAACCUCUUCCAUCACCAGUGCCUCCUCAACGCUCAAAUGCAGCGCCCGCAUCCCAGAAUGCACCUGCCAGCCUGGAGGUUCGCCUGCAAGAGCGCUUGGACAUGUACCAGACGUCUAUGUUGGCAUCAGUUAAAAAGGGGAAACCCAUUGAUGAAGAUGAGAUUCCUCCUCCUGUCCCCACCGGUGGAAAACCCUCCACUGCUCCACAGGCUGAGCCAAUCAGAGAGCCAGAAAAGCCUGCUCCAGCAAACACACCACUGCAGACGGCCAACAUCAAGCCAGCUCCCUCCAAACCUCAGCUGCUCCUGCCUCCGUCACAGAGAGUGACGGUGGUAACGCCCGAUACACCAGCCAUAUCACCCCUCACACCCGGCCAGCCCAGCACACAGCACUCGGAGCUCAAAGCGAGUAUUUUAAGCAGACAGAGAGAGUAUAAGCUGGCAGCCUUAAAGGCCAAGCAGAGCGGGAACACGGAUCGAGCCAAACAACUCUACCAAGUGUCCAAGAGACUGGACUCUGUGGUGGAGCGUGUUGACCGAGGGGAGUUUGUGGACCUCAGCUCACUGCCGCCCCCUCCUGGAGAGGUUGAAGAGGUGCGUUCUAACCCUCCUCAGCUGUCCUUUAAACCAGCCGUCCCUCCGGCUUCACCCACUGCUGCCCCAGACACAGCUCUCUCUGCUCCCCGGAGCGUCGCCGAGGCCUUACAGCAGCGCAUGGACAGAUAUAAAGAAGCUGCAGAGAGCGCCAAGAGCAAAGGAGACGAGCGCAAGGCACGCAUGCACCAGCGCAUAAUCAAGCAAUAUCAAGACGCCAUUAAAGCUCAUAAAGCAGGACGGCCGGUGAAUCUGGCAGAACUUCCUGUUCCACCAGGUUGUCCUCCGCUGCAGGGCACUGAAGGCGGUCAGCAGAACUUCAUGGGCGUUCUGGAGACAGCCAUGAAACUGGCCAAUCAGGACGCAGAUGCCGACGCAGAUGAAGACGAGGGUCCACAGAAGCCAUCGGCUCAGCCUGCCGUUCAGAAAUCCAGAGCUCCCGCUCCUCCGAAAGCCUCGUCCACCGCAGGGACACCCACCGGCUCCACAAACACCACCAAACCAGGAGGGAAAGCCCAGCAGCAGCUGGAUUUCCUGACCCUACGCAGGCAGCAGUUCGUGAAGGCCGCGCUGCGCUCUAAAGAGAUGAAGGACAUGCAGGGAGCCGCUCAGCACCUGAGGAACGCUAAAGGCCUCGAGCCCAUGAUCACUGCCGCCAAGGCCGGACUUCCUGUGGACAUCAGCAAGGUGCCGGCCGCUCCGGUGCGCGAGGACGACUACACACUGUCUCAUUCACGCUCGUCCGCUCUCUCUCAGCGCUCAUCUGAGCAGUGCGCUCAACUCAUGGCGCAUCUCAAACAACAGCACGAGAAAUGCCUGGCGUACUCGCAGCAGUACACUCAUCUGGGGAACAUAGCUGAAACUGCCAGGUUUGAGAAGCUGGCUGAGGAAUGCAUGAGUAAUAUUGAAGUGCUGAAGAAAGCUCACGCUGAAGGAAGUUCAGUUCCUAAAUUCCACACAGAGGAGCGCACCUUCAACUCUGUCAAGAUCUUUCCUAACCUGACGUCCAGUGACAUGAUGCUGACCAUCGUGAAAGGAAUCAACCUGCCCGCUCCUCCAGGAGUCUCAGCCAACGAUCUGGUUACGAGUGUGCACUUUGAGUUCCCGUUCCCCAGCGCGGAAGAAGCUCAGAGAGACAAAACCAGCACUGUGAGAAACUCCAGCUGCCCAGAGUUUAAGGAGGAGUUCAAGCUGAACAUCAAGAGAGAUCACCGAGGCUUUAAGAGAGUGGUUCAGGCCAAAGGCAUCAAGUUUGAGGUCGUACACAAAGGCGGUCUCUUCAAGACAGAUAAAGUGGUGGGGAGUGCUCAGCUGAAGCUGGAAGCUCUGGAGAACCAGUGUGAGAUCCGAGAGAUUAUAGACGUGUUGGACGGACGGAAGGCCACGGGAGGGAAGCUGGAGGUGCUUGUGAAGAUCCGUGAGCCGCUGUCUGGAGUUCAGCUGCAGCCGGUGACGGAGAAAUGGCUCAUCAUCGACCCGCUCACACCUGAGAAAGACCAGAAAGAGAGAAGCAGGGAAAAGGAACGGCAGGCUUCUUCUCCGAGAUCCAAACCAAGAAAGGAUCACGACAAGAACUCUAAACCGAGCUCGUCUCCUCCGCAGUAUAAGAUGCACAGCUUCAGUCUGCUUCACCACGAUAAAGAGAGACUGGACUGGAAGAUCAACGAUUGUAAGAAGAACAGACGAGACGCGUCAGAGCUGAUCAAGCAGCACACGGACGUCUGUCAGCGACUGCAGUGGCAGAAAUCAUAUCUGGAGAGACAUCCAGCAGCACUCACAGAAUAUGAAAAUGUGCUGCAGAGGUUUGUCAACGGGCUCUCGGAUUCAAUCAAAAUGUUUUCCAGCCAAGGCAACAGGGAUGCAGCAAAAGACGCACUGGGCCGUCUGAGGAUGGUGGAGAACGAGCUGGAGUCAGUCAGGAAAAAGCGUGCUGUCAGACAGUGAAGGAGUGCGCUGAGGGACGCGACUGUCUGUCUGCUGGAAAACAUCUGAAAUCAUGAGAAUAAGAGCAGAUCGUGACCGAUUUUACACUACAGCGUUUACAAUGCUGCACUUCAUCCAAACACUCCUCAUGUUUCUCUUCUGUAAGGACAGACGUCUGCAUGUUUCGAGGGAGAUCAAACUCAAAGAUAAACCUCAAAUAAACACUAAAGGGGGUUGUCUCAUAAAAACAAGAGAUUAGAAAUUAUAUUUAAACACGUUAUUUUAGGACCAUUAAGAUUUUUUUUGUUGUUGUUUUUUAAUUUGACAAUUAAGCCCAUUUAAACUGUAAUGUUAAACAAAAAUUAUAUAUUAUUGAAAUGUAAAAUAUGUAUACAGUAUAGUCAUUGUUACAGUACUACAUUUAUUUAUUUUUUCAUUUAAAUUUAAAAUAAAUUGAAAAAUAUUUAUUAAAAAAAUUCUUCAAAUUUAAAAUAGGAUUACAGGAAUGAGAACAUAUAUAUUCUGGAAAACAUUUUGACUGUAUAAAAUGCAUAAUUAUAGUAAUGAGAAUUAUGGAGGAAAAUUGUGCUUAAUUAUCAAUGCAAAUGGUCCUUAUAAUUAAUUAUAAUAUAUAUUAGUAUAUAAAUUAUAUAUAUGUUAAGAAUAAGAUGAUUUUAUAUCUAAUAAUACAUAUAUAUACUUAAAAUCGAUAACAAUUAUUAUAUAAAAAAUAAAAUACUUAUGGAGAACAAAAUUAGAGACAUUCCCACAGUUUCAUGCAUGUAACUAGCACUACAAAAAUGUAUGUGUCUUUUCAUUUUAACCCAGGGAUUUUUUUCUUUCCCUCCUGUCUGGCAUCAUCGUUCAGCCUAACCUCUCCUUCAUGUCUAAGUGUUGUUAAUCUGCAGUCUUUAUUGUAAUCUCUGUCCUCCAGCAUUCCCAGAUUAGGAUAAUGUCGCUGCACAACAGUGAUAUGGGAAUAAUCUCAGUUCAGAGUGUGUGUUAGAUGAAGGAGAGGCGGAUAAUAUCCCAUAAUCGUGGAUUAUCCGCACCCCGGUGCUCCAGCGGAGCGAGCGUGAGACCCGGUCGUGGGAGGAGCUCGCCCGGGGCUCAUUGUCCAUGUGUGCCUCUGUGUGUUUGGGUCUGUUUGGUUUGAUAAGAUCGUGUGAGAGGUUGUGUGUGAUAACAUCAGUACGUUUGUGACUGGAGAAGUUUUUGUGUGAGACGUGUGUUCAUUCAGAUGCUGAGCUCAGCAUGUUUUUAGGGAAGCUGUCGCCUCUGUUUUUUUCACUUGUCUGUUUCGGAGUCGAAGGACAUCCUCUUUAACCCCAGACUGACACCCUCUGAACCUGCCUGCUGUUUGUAGAGCAGAUCCACAUGUCUGGAUCUCAGUGUGUGUGUCUGAUACAGUCAGUCAUUAUAUCAACUCGUCUUUUAGGAUGCUGUCUGAACCCUAACUCUAAUGAAGCUGAUCUGUAGAUGCUAGAGUCUGCACAUACUGAAGCCAUCUCUGCUAAUGUAUUAAUGUAUAGACUGAUGUUCUGAUGAUGGCUCUAUUUUUUAAAAGCUGCAUUAAUUUUUUAAUGUGUCUAUGGUGAAGGAUAUGUCUGACGUAAUGAUUAAAAAGGAAAGCUGACCUGAAAA